GAUGGAAGUCGAAUUCAGACAUUACCUUCUUUUGUAUUGCUAUUAUCGAUUAAAUUACACUCCGCCUGACAAAUACUCUCUUUGUUUCAAAUUAAAUUGCAUGUUUACUGCCCACAUAUAUGGUCAACUUUCAUUCACUUUCUUUUCUUAUUUUUGUUACUCAUUUGACACUGGCAUUCAUUCUUUGCUUCUCCUCCCCGUUCUUUUUUACACCACGAGAUCCCCCAUUUCUUUCUCUUCUUUAAUCUUUGCAUGUCUCCUCUUCCUCCUUCAGCAGAGCUUCUCUUCUUCCAUUGCAGCAGAGGGCAUAGUUAGGAUACUUUUAUACAUACACUGAGCUUUGUGUGUGUAGAUUUAACUGGGGAGGAUUUAUUGGGGUUUUGGGUUUGCGGGGAUGUCUCAUUCCAGAAGGGCUUCCAUGUCGGAUGCUGGGAUUGACGGGCUGGGUGAUCGGUUGAGGAAAUCGCUCCGUUUCAGGGAUGGAAACAAUGGGUCGGAGAUCGAUAAGCCGGAUUUCAAGGAACUCGAUCUGGGUUCUCCUGUCUCCCCCUUGCAGGCUCGGGCCAGUACUAGCUCCAGUUCUUCUGGAUCUGGGUCGGGUCGGAAUCCAGCACCGAAGCGGUCGGACGGGAGCCACUCCGGCGAGUUGUCCGGUUCUGGGGAGAGUUCGCGCGGGUUCAAUCCGGGCCACUCGCGGUCCAAUUCGGGUUCUGGGGGGAGCUGCGUGGUCAACUCUCCGCCGUUGAAUGCGCUUCCUACCGGGAACAUCUGCCGGUCCGGGAAGGCUUUGAAGACUGGGAUGGCGUGCAAAACGUCCAAGACUGACGUUUUGGGGUUAGGGACUGGGAAUUACGGCCAUGGGAGCAUAAUACGCGGCGGAGGAAGUCAGAAAUCCGGCGGAGGUUCCGGCGGCAGAGAUGGAAGUUGUGGCAUUGCCUCCAAUUCAAGAGGGCCAACUUUGAGUAGCGAUCCGGAGGAGUUUAGGAGGAUGGGGAAUGAGAAUUACAAGAAGGGCAAUUUUGCAGAGGCUUUGAAUCUUUACGACAAGGCUAUUUCCAUAUCUCCGGGCAACCCGUCCUACCGGUGUAACCGGUCAGCAGUUCUGAUCAGUCUGAAGAGAUAUGCAGAGGCUGUGAGAGAAUGUGAGGAAGCUAUUCGGUUGGAUCCCAGAUAUGUUAGAGCCCACCAACUAUUAGGCUCUUUGUUUCUUAGUUUAGGGCAGGUAGAGAACGCCAGGAAGCACAUUUGUCAUCAAGUGGCAGAUUGCACGGAGCUGAGAAAGUUGGAGGCAGUUGAGAAACAUGUAGAGAAAUGUAACGAUGCACGGGCAGCUGCUGACUGGAGGAGUCUGUUAAGGGAAGCUGAUGCUGCUAUUGCUUCUGGAGCCGAUUCAUCUCCUCAGCUCUUUGCGUGUAGAGCGGAAGCGUUUGUGAAGCUCCAUCAGUUGGACAAUGCUGAUUUGAGUAUAUCAAAAGUUCCUAAAAUGGAGCCAAAUGGUUCUUUUCCCCGGUCAAAGAUUUUUGGGAUGCUUUCGGAAGCAUAUGUUUUCUUCGUUCGGUCCCAAAUUGAGCUAGCUCAUGGAAGGUUUGAAAGCGCGGUUGCUGCAAUGGAGAAAGCCAGACAGAUUGACUGUCAAAGUGUUGAAGUUUCUGUUGCGCUCAACAAUGUUAAAUCAGUUAGCCAAGCCCGAAACCGUGGCAACAAUUUGUUCAAGUCAGAAAGGCUCACUGAAGCAUGUGCUGCCUAUGGGGACGGUCUCCGGUUUGAUCCUUCAAAUUCAGUUCUAUAUUGCAACAGAGCUGCUUGCUGGUAUAAGCUGGGCCAGUGGGAAAAAUCAGUCGACGAUUGCACGCAAGCCCUCUGCAUCCAACCUAAUUAUACAAAGGCACUUCUCCGUAGGGCAGCCUCAAACAUGAAGCUCGAACGAUGGGCUGAAGCUGUAAGAGACUACGAAGCUUUGAGGAGCGAAUUUCCACAUGACAAUGAAGUUGUUGAAUCUUUAAUUCAUGCCCAAGUUGCUCUGGAGAAAGCCAAUGGAGAAGAGGUCUGUACUAGGAAAUUCGGUGGGGGUGUUGAAGCAAUCGCCGAUCCUCAAAAAUUCCAAGCAGCGAUUUCCUCUCAUGGGGUAGUGGUGGUGCAUUUCAAAAUGGCAAACAAUGCACAAUGCAUGCAGAUAUCCCCAUUCUUGGACACUUUAUGCACCAGAUAUCCAUUAAUAAGUUUUUUCAAGGUGGAUGUGGAACAGAGCCCGGGAAUCGCUACGUCCGAGAAUGUCAUGGUCUGCCCGACGUUCAAGAUAUACAGAAAGGGCAGCCGUUUGAAGGAGUUGGUCUGCCCGGGCCCGGAGGUGUUGGAGUCCUCGGUCAGACACUAUUACACUAUCAACAUUUAGGUCUCCAUCUCCUCCUCUUCACACACAUUGUUUCAAGAAUCGCCGCAGGCACCCCAAGCCACACGUACCAGACCGGGUUAGACCAGACCGGACCGGCCUUCCACGAUAGUCUCUCAUUUGUACCUCCAUUUCCCUUUUUCUUUUUUUUUCCUUUUGUAACUUUAUUGAAUGUCUCAAUCCUCAUUGCCUUCUAGUUUUAAAAUUUUCUCUCACCUCAUAAUCUCUUUCUUUUCUUUCCCAUCCUUUGGUUUGUUAAAAUUCUUUUUUUCCCCAUUUAGUGAAGCUAGAAGACAAAGAGAGGGACUUAGGAGCAUUAGAUGAGG